AACAACUUUGAACCAGCCAGCGAGGCCAUAAGCUCCCGCUCUCAAUGUUUAUUGAGGUAGCUAUUCUUGGUUUACAGUAGCUCGUUUUCUCAUAGACUUCCAUACUUUUCCCAACCAGAGGAGUUUCGCCCAGACGGCUAUUUUAGAGAUUCGUGGGUUUCCGCCUGUUUCUGCUGGUCUGGACUCCACCAGAAGGAGGAAAGGGAUCGCGGGUGGUGAAGUCCACGCUCCACGCUCCACCCCUGGUGUUCCUGUCUGCCAGGUCUUUGUCCCCCGGAACUCGCUCUCACUCCUGGGUGUCCACCAGGGUUUUCUGCCUGCAUCUGGAUCCCGGUGCGACCAGCAUACAGUCCAGAGUCCGACGGGAAAAAACACGGCCUCAAGUUGGGAACGAGAGCGAGGAAAGAAAGAAAGAAAGAAAGAAAAGGGAGCCGAGGAGCCUCGCAGCGUCUCGUCCCGUGGUUCUACCUGUCGUGGAGCCGCAGUCUGCUUCUCGCCUGCAGUUUUAAAAAGAAAAAAAAAACUUUUUUCCAUGUUUUAAAACUACCUUUUUGCUUCUUUUUCCCCCCGUGUUUUUUUUGUAACUUCUUUGACUGAGUCAGGAACUGCACACUCGCAGCACAUGCCGCGCGUAUCGUCGGUGUGUUUUCUCAGUCGGCGCUGAAUGAAGUGUGUGUCGAGCUGAAGAAGUCGGCGCGGCUCCAUGAGGGAACUCGGCGUGGGAGUCGCUCAAACUUCGUCCUAGCCCGCACACACACACACCGGAGCGCUUCUUCUUUUUUUUAAAACACACAUAUAUACACAUUUUAUUUUAUUUUUUUCGUUGAGGUGUUCGGCCUCUUCACCCCGCGCCAUGAAGCCCGUGUCGGUGCUGUGUGUGGUUUGCACGCUGGUCGUGUUGAGUGUGUCGAUGACCGCGGAGCAAAAGUUGAAAAACUGCAACGACGUUCGCGCGGCGUACAGCUCCAAAGGCUUCAACGUCAACGACGUCCCCAACAAAGGCGUCAACGGAGCCCCGUUGAAGGUGUGUCCGCAGGGUUUCUCCUGCUGCACGGUGGAGAUGGAGGAGAAGCUGAGCCAGCAGAGCCACACGGAGAUCAAAGCUCCCGUCUCCAAGCUCAGCACCAACCUGCAGUCCACCUUCAGACAGAGGCACGACCACUUUGACAAGUUUUUCCGCGAGCUUUUGAAAAACGCACACGGUUCGCUGCACAACAUGUUCGCGCGGACGUACGGGAUGAUGUACAUGCGGAACUCUGAGCUGUUCGACAACUUCUUCAAGGCCCUGAAGCGGUACUACGUGUCCGGCAGCGCCGCCGUCAACCUGGACUCCAUGCUGUCGGACUUCUGGGCCGACCUGCUGGAGAGGAUGUUCGGGCUGGUCAACGUGCAGUACGAGUUCAGCCCCGCCUACAUGGAGUGCGUCAGCCAGCACACGGAGCAGCUGCAGCCCUUCGGCGACGUGCCGCGCAAGCUGCGCAUCCAGCUGACGCGGGCCUUCGUCGCCGCGCGCACCUUUGUGCGCGGCUUGACGCUUCUGCCGGAGGUGGUCAACAAAGUCUCUAUGGUCAGCGCGUCCCCCAGCUGCGUGCGAGCGUCCAUGAAGAUGUUGUACUGUCCCUACUGGUCGGGCCAGGUGGCGCUGAAACCCUGCCAGAAUUACUGCCUGAACGUGCUGCGCGGGUGUCUCGCCAACCAGGCCGACCUGGACGCCGAGUGGAACAACUUCCUCGAUGCCAUGCUGAGUCUGGCGGAUCGGCUCGAAGGGCCCUUCAAUUUUGAGUCCGUCGUGGAACCCAUCGACGUGAAGAUUUCCGAGGCCAUCAUGAACAUGCAGGAGAACAGCAUGCAAGUGUCGCAGAAGGUUUUCCAAGGAUGCGGGCAGCCCAAACCAAGCGUGGGCCGAUCGAAGCGCUCCAUCAAAGAUACUGGCUUCAACGGACGCUUCCGCCCUUACAGUCCCGAUGCCCGACCCACCACCGCUGCCGGGACCAGUUUGGACCGACUGACGAACGACGUGAAGAAGAAGCUGAAAAAUGCCAAAAAGUUCUGGUCCACGUUGCCAGAGACAGUUUGUGCCGGUGAGAGGAUCGAACCUGGGGACGACUGCUGGAAUGGAACCGCGAAAAGCAGGUACGAGUCAGUCGUCAUUGGCAACGGCCUGGCCAACCAGGUGUCCAACCCGGACGUGGACGUGGACAUAACAAAGCCGAACAUUGUGAUUCGCAGUCAAAUCGCAGCUUUGAAGGAAAUGACGAGCUGGCUCAAAGCCGCACACAGUGGCAACGACAUCUCCGUCGACAACGAUGAGGAUGGCAGCGGAGGGGAGGAGAGCGGCAGCGGCUGCGACUCUCCGUCCUGCGAGAGCGACCCGGACAUCUACUUCUCCACGCCACCCAACCCCGGCAAACCGGCCAUCGAGGAAAAGGUGAAGGGCAUCAAUCCAUCAGAUGGGGGGGUCGCCUCAAAGGGAAGCAUGGCGCUGGCGCUCUGCGGUCUCGCCCUGGCCCUGCUCGCUCCACAAAUGAGAUAAAACCGGCUGGGCAAGAGGAGAACGACCGGGAAUGACGGAGCGAAGGAGGAAACCGUCAGAGAGACUUUAAUAAAGACUGCCUUCAGGACCUUGGACUGUCUGCCAUUCGAGUGGAGGAGGGGGGGACUCUUAAUAUUACAAUAACGUCUUUUAAUUAUUUGUGUGUGUUUUAAGGACAUCAGUGAACAGCAAUACACCCGAGAAAUCCGCCUUUGUUUCCCCCCAGAAAAACCUUUACUCCUUUAUGGCUCUUUUGGAGCUACACUAGGGUUCUACCUGCCACACAAACUUCAUUCUAUUGUCUUAUUUUGGCAGUUUAAACACAUAAUACAUUUUUGUGCCUUCGGCGGUCCAAUAUCUACAUAGCUACCCAGAUGUUUGGUUGAACAGUGAGUGCCUGUGGUGGGACGUAUCUUUGUGUUUCUGAGGAUGUUCUUUCUUUCCAUUAUUCAGAGACUGUUGCUAUGAAUGUUACACUGUGAAUGUUUGUGUCCCCGCCUCUCUUCAUUUGCAUUCAUCAGCCAAUUAACUGUUGAUAUCAACUGGGCCUCAGUAGUUUGCUUCUCAUCCUUCAGAAAUCCACAGGGAGAAGUUACAGCACAGGUAUUCAUGUUUGACCUGGAGAUGAAUUUGUCCUUUCGAAGAGCCUUUGGGGUCCUCUGCAAGCCCAAAAGUGCAUGUUGUAUGUCUGCUAUGAACAUUAUCACGACCUAACAUUUUUUUUUUUUUUUUUACCAAAAUCUAUUUCAAAUUGAACUUCCUCGGCUCACACAGUUCAAUAGAAAAGGCCGUACUUCACGCAUGCUCCCCCAGUCGGUGAAAUCAAUGGUGUAGAGUUGAAAGUGUCUAAGGUGAAAGUUAACCGACUCCCCGUGGCAUUAUUCGUAAAGAAGGCAGAGCUGACGAGUCCUCGAUGGCCUGUUUUUGGUACUGUGACCUUGCUCGUUUGAGAAGAGAAGGCGGCGCCGCGAAUGUUCAUAAAGCGAGAACGGAGGAACAAAAGACAGUGCUUUGAUCAAAGGAAAUCAAGAAAAAAAGAUUAUUUUAAUACAGGGUUUUAUGUCAAGAAGGUGUUGUGUUUAGCUGUUUUGGUAUGAAGAUAUAUAUUAGGUACUGCAGUGGGUCUGACUGCUAGUUUAGGUGGUGGAGGAAGAGGAAAAGGUGCACAGAUUCAGGGGCAUUUCCGGUCCGUGUGCGGUUCUCAUGAUGCCCCAGUUUUUUCCCCUCCCCAUGAUACACAGUUGUGCCUCUUCACCGGCCCACAUCGGUAUAAAUGGACCAUUCGAUCUACCUUCAUUCUUCUCAUCACUUCAAGCUGUCGUGGAAUGUUGAAGUGCUGCCAAAAUGAAAGCAAUGUCUGGUGCCUGAUCGUUUUUAAUUUUUUUUAAUUUUUUACCGUGGUACAUUAUUAGCAUUUUCUUAUAUCAAAGAACAAAAAAUGUUGAUUUGUAUCUAUAAUGUACUCUUAAUUCCCUGUUGGGUGUUUUGAGUACAUCGUUACCAGCUGACGAGCACAACAUACGGUUUUCUAUAUCUUGUGUUAUAAUGUUAAUGUUAUAACAGUUUCAUUAGCUGGCCAUUUCAUUUCUAAAAUGACGACGCAUUGUGUAGCCUUUGUACAGUAACUUAUGCAUGUAUUCUAACGUCCUUGUAAACAUGCUUCCAGAACAACACAGGUGGUAUAAGAUACAGUAUUCAAAGUGUUUCUGCACGCAAAACUUGGGGGGGGGGGGCAAUUCAUUUCUAACAGUAAUCGAUGAGAUUUGAAUGUGCAUUUGAGAAAAUUGAAAUGGGUUUUCAUGUUUCACACCUCUCUGCCGGGCUGAAAGCAUUUGGCUUCGGGUGGGACGGUCUCUACUGGACCGCAGCCUCUGGGCUUCUUGCUUGGCUUUUGAAAUUGACAGGUUGAUUGUAAGCUUCCAUGACUUUUUCCUCCAGAAAAAGUGAUGUGACCAACAAAAGGACUUCCAUUUAUACUGAUGUCAACAAUGACAUCAGUGUUAACAAUCUGAAUGUGGAGGAACCACCGAGCGACCCGCAGGAAAUACGGAGGCGUUUAUUUCAAACAGCGAGGCGGCGGCGACGCUGCAGCAGCUCCGUGGUGGGUUUCCCUCCGUUGGGGACCGCCUCGGUUCUCCAUGACGUUUGGGUUCCUCCGACAUUUCUACCAGGGCUGGUGCAUGUGUUCAGAAAUGCGUUGAGUGUGAAGAAACCCACGUUUCUGAGAGUGGAAGGAAAUGUUUUUGGAUGAUGGUGAUAAAUGUCUGUGCUUGCGGGCCGGGGCAGCGACGUCCUCCAGCUGGCAGGGAGUCGGUCCAGCUGCUGGAUGGAUGGAUGGAUGUUCAUCCACAGAGCGACUUCGGUUGGAGUCGUACCGGUGUUGGAAACCCUUCCAUCAGCCUUUGGCCCACAAUCACAGGAAAUGACUCGUUUUCUGAAGAGAGACUGGGAAGAAUUUAAAAGAAAAGUGUAAAUACAGAGCAGCCGGUUUAGAUGGCUCUAAAAGAGGCCGUAACAGUACAUCAGAUUUUUACCUGUUCAGAGUAUCUCCUAAAUGUUAAACAAGAUGAGAUAGAUGUUAAAUGUAUAUUAAACAACAUUUCUUAGUCUUGUUGAAAUAAAGACUGCCAAUAUUUAAA